AUGUCAAUUGUAACUGGCUCUUUUGGUAGCGAGAAAUACCUACACUCCUUAAAUAUAGAGCAAAAUCACAUAACUUAUUACUUAGCAAAUACUAAUUAACUGUAUGUUGUCUAGCUUACUGCAGAGAAGGAAAAUGAAUGGGCAAGAAGAUGAUUAUGAUGAUGUGUAUAUAUACAUUUCCAGUCCAAGCUUUAUGGGAAUAGCUGAAGAUGAUGAGAUUAAUGAUAUCAUGGGUGCCGCAUCUGGUGCUGGUGAUCAAGAUAGUGGAAAUACUAUAAGAAACAUUAUGCCCAUCCCUCAACAGAUCCAAGAACCCGAAAAUAUAUACCAGGAGUGUCCUCAUCCUAUGGGAACCCAAGCGAGGGUAGAUGACAUACAAAAUGCACCAGUGGAGCGUGAUUCGUUUAUGAAUGAUUUGUUGGCCAGUCUAUCUAGUCCUCUAGGAAAUGCAUUAGCGGCAUAUGAUUCGUUUGUGGACGACGAUUUUUUGGACAUUCCAGCUCCACCUUCUUCUCCUACUUUAAUGCUCAAUCCUGGAAGCGAUUUAUCAACAAAACUUGGUCCGAUGAUUAAUGAUAGAUCAACAUUGACGGUCAAUCCACAUGACACACAACCAGGAAGUGAUACACCACUAAAUAAAGUUGAUUCUGGUGGUAAAACUUUACCGAUUAACAUAAAAUCAUUGUUGGAACUUUCUGAUAUUGCUAUGAAUGAGUUGAUUAUGCUGGGAGAAGUGAACACUCCAUCAUGGAUAAUAGACUCAAGCUCUAACAGAGUAACAUUGGACUAUCAAGAGUAUAAAAGUUUUUUCAAAAAUGGUUUUGAAAAACCUCCUGGAUAUGUUAUAGAGGCUUCUAGGGAAACAGCGACAGUUCAUAUGGAAAGCUUGGCUCUGGUCAAGACUUUUACGGCGGACAACUGGAUCAACGUGUUUGCGCCUAUUGUGCCUGUGACAUCAAUCCAUAACCUGAUACCCAAAGGUUCUGGUGGGCCUAGAAGUGGAUCACUUAGACUGAUUACAGCAGAAUUUCAAGUUAUUUCUCCCUUGGUGCCAAAGAGACAAGUAAAGUUUCUUAGGUACUGCAAGAUGCUCAGAGUGGGGUUUUGGGUGGUUGUCGACUUCACUCCUCGUCAAGAAAAUCUGAACUUCUCGUCUGAUGAUGGUUCUUACCGCUUACCUUCAGGUGCUAUCAUAGAAGAUUGUGGCAAUGGUUACUCCGAGGUAAAGUGGAUUGAGCAAAUCGAAUAUGAUGAGAGCUUAAUCCCUCAAUUCCCCGAGCUUUUGAUAAGUUCUAGAAUCGGGCUAGGUGCGAAGAGGUGGCUCACAACGCUGCAGAGACACUGCGAAAAUAUUUCAACCCUUGCAUCUAUCAACCUUGAUGAAAUUUACCCAGGACUGUCUUCAAAAGUUGCAACUGAAAUAGUGAAGCUAGCUCAGCGUAUGACUAUAAACUACUACUUGUGUAUCACUGCCUCUCCGGCGAGCAUAUGGAAGAGUAAUGAUUCAGAGAGUGCGAGACAAGACAUAAGAGUGAUGAUCCGAAAGAAAAACGUGGGUGAGCAUACCAGGAUUGUGUUGAGUGCAGCCACUUCUCUUUGGUUACCAGUGAGCAAGAAAACAACGUUUGAUUUCCUCAUCAACCCAAGUUUCAGAAACCAGUGGGAUAUCUUGGCCAUUGAUGUCACCACCUCCAUUGAAGAAAAGAUCAAGAUUCAAAAAUCAAGAUUCCAUAGAAACGAAGUCUCUCUUCUUCAAAUCGAACCAGGUAACUCAGUUCUACAAGAGACGUGGAAUGAUGCAUCUGGUGCAUUACUGGUAUAUGCACCAGUGGACAUGGAGAAGAUCCUGGCAAGUGAAAAUUCAGAUUCUGUGCAGAUUCUUCCUUCGGGGUUCUCGAUAUUGCCAGACGGAGGAGGAGAGACUGAUCCAAACAGAAGUCGUGUAGGAUGUCUACUAACACUUGGAUAUCAGAUGUUGCAUAGCGUUAAACCAGGUGAAGAUGUCGAUCAAGAUUUUGUCAAAAAAGUUGAGCUACUCAUGGAUCGUACUAUGGGCAAGAUUAAAUCUGCUUAAUCUAGAUGAUUAUAGAUACCUUUGCUUCUUUAGAUUCAAUUUGCUAUGUUUUUAUGUUAUUUGCAUGACUGAAACUUAUCUCAGCUUUCCUUCUGUUCUUUUAAAUAUGUUUUCAUCAGCUUUAAACCGGAUGAUAUAUAUAUAUAUUUUUU